AUGUCCGACGAGAAACAUGGCUACGAGCGCCCGCCCACGCCGCCACCGAUCCCCACAUACGAAGAGGCGACGUCGUCUCGCCAUGCCUCUGCGCGCCUCGGUCCCAACGAAGUCAGCGACGAUGCCGAGCGGCAGGGCCUCCUGGGUCCCGACACGCAUAUCCAGUCCGACCAGCGACGGCGCCAUGGAUACUACCAGGCGCCCUCGGUGCAGUCGGUCGACGACGGGGACUCGGAGCUCGGGAGUCCCGUGCGCGAGAGCCAGGACGAGGACUUGAGGCAGACUAUGGAAGAGAUGGACAUCCUGGACCCUGAAUCUGUCGAAGAGGGACGCGCUCGGCGCAAUCGCUCCAGCUCGAGAUUCUCCAAACGCUUCUACAGCAUCACCAAUUCCUUCUCGAGCUUCAAUCUCCCGCGCAUGCGAUGGCCCGACAAGUGGCGCCCGGACUGGACGUGGUUCACGCAGCGCAUACCGACCAUGCCCGAAGAAUACAGGCCCGGCUGGUCCGUCAUAGCCAGGCUAUGCGGUCUGAUCCUGAUCAUCUCGCUCGUGUACUUGCUCGUUGUGAGCGAGGUGGUGCCUAUGGGCGGCGGCUUCGGCGCACAGUUCAAUCCCGAGUGGGUGCGCGGGACCGCGCUGUCCAGCGUCGAGGGCUGGCGCAUCGAGAAGCAUCUCGAGUACAUCACGAGCUACGACCACGUGGGCGGGACCGAGGGAAGCUACGUGCUGGGCCAGUGGAUCGAGGGCAAGUUCAAGGACGCCCACAUGGACACAUACACGCACGACGAGUACUGGGCAUACAUGAACUAUGCAAAGCCAGACGGCCGGAAAGUCGCAAUCGUGGAUCCACCGGAGAAGCGCUGGGAAGCAAAACUGGAAGAGCCGGCUGUGUUCAACCCGCCGAAAGCGCAGACGCCUGCAUACCAUGGCAUGUCAGCAUCUGGAAAUGUUACAGGGCCGCUCAUAUACGUCAACUACUGUGACAAGAAGGAUUUCAAGAGGUUGUGGGACAGUGGUAUCGAUGUACAAGGCGCUAUCGCGCUAUGUCGAACUUAUGGACCACAGCCGGAUCUUGCGAUGAAAGUCAAGGCCGCGCAAAAUGCUGGAUGUGUUGGUGUACUCGUCUACUCAGAUCCUGCAGAUGACGGCUUCAAAAAGGGCAAUCCGUGGCCGGAUGGCAAGUGGAGGCCGGGCGAGAGUGUUCAGCGCGGCUCCGUGGCGCAAACGAAUAUAAUCAUGGGCGAUGUCACAACUCCUGGAAAAGCGAGUGUCAAAAAGGUUGAGCGCGUGUCGCAGCAGGAUAACCCUGCACUGCCCAAGAUUCCGAGUUUACCACUUUCCUGGAAAGAUGCACAGAAGCUGCUACAGUCGCUGAAGGAUUCUGGCGAGAAGCUGCCGUCUGAGUGGCGUGGUGGUGUGCCGGACGUUGGCGACGAGUGGUUCUCUGGUCAUCCUGAUACCGCACCAAAGGUCAACCUGCAAAACUUCCCUGACGAGGCUCCCCAGCAGCUUGUUACGAACAUCUUCGGCACGUUCAGAGGUAUGGAAGACGGAGCACGGAAGAUCAUUGUUGGUAACCACCGCGAUUCGUGGUGCUUUGGCGCCGCAGAUCCUGGUUCUGGCACAGCUGUCAUGCUCGAAGUUGCACGCGUGCUGGGUGAACUUCGCGCUCAAGGAUGGCGUCCCCUCCGUACGAUUGAAUUCGCAUCCUGGGACGCCGGAGAGUACAAUAAGAUCGGCUCGACCGAGCACGUCGAAGCCAAUGUCGACGCCCUCCGCGAAAACGCCAUCGCCUACCUCAACGUCGAUGCCGGAAUCACCGGCGAGCAACUCUGGGCCAAGGGCUCUCCUAUCUUCCAGCACGCCUGGGGCCGCGUCAUCGACCGCCUGAGCGAUCCCCGCGAGAACAAGACACUGAAAGAGCUCUGGGAAACCAAGAGCAGCGAAAUCGGCAACCUCGGUGCUGGCAGUGACACGGCGCCUUUCCAAUACAUAUCCGGCACGUCCUCGAUCGAAUUCGGUUUCUCCAGCACCCCCUCCAACUCCCCCUCAUCAAACCCACUCUCCGGCUCCUGCUACGAAACAUACUCCUGGAUGGCCAAAUACAUCGACCCGGGCUGGUCCUACCACACCCUCCUCGCGCAAAUCUGGGUCCUGCUUAUCCUCGAAAUCGCGCAGGACCCCAUUAUGCCACUGAAAAUCGACCACUACGCGCACCACCUGCAAGAAGAAGGCCAGAAGCUUCUCGACUGGACGGAAGAACAGGCCGUCGCUGGCUACGACAUUGAAAUCUUCCAGCCGCUUGUCGACGCGCUGACGGGGCUGAAGAAGAAAGCAGACGACUUCCACAAGUGGGAGAGUUAUUGGUAUAACCAAGUGUAUGCGACGGGCGGGUUUGAAACACAGAGUGUCACGAUGCAGAGGAUCAUGCACAAUAGUCAGAUUGCGAGGUUUGAGAGUAAUUUGCUGGAUUUGGCGAGGGGUAAGGAUGAUAAAGGGGAACAUGGCUUACCCGGCCGCACACAAUUCAAACACGUCAUUUUCGCACCCGAUGCGGAGAACGGGCUUGAGAGCUCCGUGUACCCGUUCAUCAGGGAUGCGGUCGAGAAGAAGGAUUGGGACCUUGCGGCGAAAGCGAUCAAGAUGACGGCGGAUAUUUUGAAUCGUGCGGGUGAUGCGCUUUAA